UCCAAGAGCGGCCCUGUCCCGGGUGGGGAGGCGAGCCAGCGUCGCUUGCCAAGGCCUGUUCCUGCCGGGCCUUUCCGUCCUCCGCGCGUCCCUCGGGGCAGAGAGCGGCGGAGGUUCCGCGGCAGGGACGGUGCCGCCGGGCGUGGGCGGAUCCGGCUGAGGCACUUUGCGCAUGGUCAGAGGCGCCCUCGCCCGCCGUGCCGAGUCCCUCCCACGCGGCCAUGGGGAUCGCCAAACUGGCCGAGCUGAUCAAGGAGGAGGCCCCGGACGCCGUGCGCCCCGCCUCGCUCGAGCAGUACCGCGGGCAGGUGAUCGCUCUGGACGCUUCCGUGGCUGUUUACCAGUUCCGCACAGCGAUGCCGCAGAUCGUCAAUCGCCACGGGCAGAAUAUCAGCCCCUUGCAAGGACUCUUUUUCCGAACGCUGCAUCUCUUGGAAAAGGGGAUCAAGCCCGUCUUUGUCUUCGAUGGAAAGCCCCCGGAGCUGAAGCAGAGAGUGCUAUCCAAACGGGCUGCCGUCUCUGGAGCCGGGAAGGGAACUGCAGAGUCUGAUGUUCCAGCGCGACUCCCAAAACGAGACUCUGAGACUCUAUUGAGUCACUUGGGUGUUCCUUACAUCCAGGCUCCUGCGGAGGCGGAAGCCACCUGUGCCGCCCUGGUGAGGUCUGGGCACGCCUGGUGCGCAGCCACAGAAGACAUGGACGCCCUCCCCUUUGGGGCCGUGCGCCUCCUGCGGCAUCUUACUGUUAAGAACAGCCAUCUGGAAGAGAUCUCCCUACCUGUCGUCCUGCAGAAGCUGGGGAUGACUCAGGAGCAGUUUGUGGAUCUCUGCAUUCUGCUGGGCUGCGAUUACUGCAACAAAAUCCAAGGGCUGGGUCCAAAAAAGGCUCUGAAGCUGCUGCAGCAUCAUGGAAGCAUUGAGCAGGUCCUGCAGAAUAUCAGUCGCGAGAGACACCCUGUGCCGGACAGCUGGUGCCUGGAGGAGACGCGGCAGCUCUUCCUGCAGCCAGAGGUGACAGAUCCAGGCCAGGUGGCGCUGGAGUGGAAGGAGCCUGAUGAGGAGGGCCUGGUGCGGUUCCUCGCACACGAGAAGUGCAUGAAGGAGAGCCGAGUUCGGGGUCGGAUGAAGAAGUGGCGAGAUGCGCGCCUGAAGCUCAGUGAGCCCCACUGUUCAGUCUCCAAGGCCAAGCGCAGGCCGAGGGAGGCAAAGCACACCAUGACGGAUUUCUUCCCAGCCCAGAAACGUCCGAACAAGGGACUCACCCCCCAGCCUGCCAGGAAGAAGCAAAAAUGCCCGGAGCUGUCUGAGAUGGCCCCAGGGAUUUGAAGGAGCAAUUCCCUUUGCUCUGCCUCGCACCAGACCCCUCAUGGUCAAGACCACCUUUGUUCCAGGACAGCACUCUGCAGACGGGCGUCCUUCAACACCUGCGGGGAUUGAUACCAGCGGAGGGAAGGCUGGUCCUGCAGGUAUCGCACGGACUCUCUGAAGGAGCGGUUCAGGAUCAGUGUCUUACAGCUGAGCAAAAUCAACCAAGAGCUUUAGGCCACUUUAAAAACUAAGCCAAGUUUGAUAACGCACAUUUUCAUCACCUACAGCCACCUGGAUCAAACACAUGGAAAAUUAUCUUAAAAGACAAUUGCCCUGUUUUGCCCCCUUUGUUGUGGGGCGACAAUAAAAGGAGAGGUCAGCUGAAUAAGAGGGGAGAGAAUACUGAGCCCUGUGGCACCCUACAUAGCAGGGAAGAAUCUUUAGGCUUUCUCAGAAAGCAAGACCCGUCCUUCAGCCAGGCAAUUCCUUCCUGACUGAGUGGCUCUGGGUUUUGGGGCCUGCUGGUUCUAGGACUAUGCCAUCUUUCGGGCGGGAUGGAGUGUCGCUGCCCCCGACAGAGCUGAUGCGCAAUCGGGGGGUCCUCCUAGACUCACGACUCCUGCUCAAUGAGCCGGUGGCAGUCGUUGCUGGGAGGGCCUUUGCGCAGCUUCGUGCUGUGCGCCAGUUGCGCUCCUUCCUGAAUCGGGAGGCCCUGCUCACGUCACUCAUGCCCUAGUCACUUCCAGAUUGGACUGCUGUAAUUGCACUCUACAUGGGGCUGCCCUUGAAAAAUAUCCAGAAGCCUCAGAUGCUGCAGAACGCAGCGGCACGGGCAGUUACGUGUGCCCCCAGAAGAGCACGCGUUACGCCUCUGCUCCACGAGCUGCGUCGGGUGCCAGUCUGCUGCCAGGUCCAGUUCGAGGUGCUGGUGUUGACCUUUGAAGGCUCCACGGCACGGGGCCGGGUUAUCUCCCCAAUUACAUCAGCCUGCCCCAUUAGAUCUGGCAGAGAGGGCAUGCUGCGCGUACCAUUCGCCAGGGACUUACAUUUGGUGGGUCCCAGGAGGCGGGCCUUCUCUGCUGUAGCGCCCCCUUAUGGAACACCCCCCCAUGAAGUCAGGUUAGUGAUCCCUGCUAUCGUUUUGGGGGUCCCUCAUGACCUGGUUAUGUCACCAGGCCUGGGGGUCCCAGGGGACCGGAGACAUUCUGAGAUGGCUCCACUGGGGUUGAUAUUUUUGCUCUUUCCGUGUGGUUUGUAUAUUUUAAACUUGGAAUCCUAGGGCUGGAAGGGACCUUGGAGGUCUUCUAGUCCAACCCCCUGCCCAAGCCCCAGGCAGGAGUCCUCAGACCAUCUCGGAGAAACAGUUGUCCAGUCUUUCCUUGGAAACCUCCAGCGAUGGAGCACCCACGGCUCCGGGAGGCCAGCCGUUCAACUUGUUAGAAUAUCUUCCUGUCCAUAACAGUGGUUUUUCCUGUUUUUAUAAUGAUUGUUUUGAUGUAUCUGUGGUUUUAUUUGGUGGUGGUUCACCACCUGGAGUCACUUUUUCUGAGAUGGGCAGCUUUAUAAAUGUGAUAGAUAAACAAACAAGGAAACAAAUAGAACAUAGAGAUAGAAAUUGAUAGAUUAAAUAAGAAUACAAAUAGUUGUAAACUUACAGUAAUAGGAAGAUAGUAGAAUAAGAUAGGAGUUUAAU